UUUUUUACAGCCUCAUACUUUAAAAAUUUCUAUUUACUUUCAAAAUUAAAAUUACCGGAAAUGGGAAGUGAAGUAUCCCGUGUUCAGUCAAACGGAGAAAACACCAAAAAACUAAGCAGCAGCGGCGGAAAUGUUGCAACGAAAAAGAUGUCGCGUAGAAUGUCAAUGGGAACUACACCCAUAAAAAUGUCAGACCAGCAAACUACACCAUCAAUUAGAGUUGGUGGUUCAACAGGAAUGCUCACAGUUCACGAUAAUGAAUGUGAAAUGCAAUGUCUACAACAGCAGGUUUCACAAUCCUCUCGUCUUUCCCUUUCGAUUGAUCCAAUUGUUCCUCGAUCUCGUUCUGGAUCGUCUUCGAGCCAGUCACCGACUAAACCAUCUAAAAAUAAAUGCUCAUUAUCGCUCAAAAAUAUUCAGCUCAUACAGGGUUGCUUCAAUAAUCCACAUGAAAAUAUUGGCUUCCGUAUUCUAAAACGUUCUGCCGAGCGUAGGAAAGACUUUGGACGUUUCUAUUCAGCAGUAAGCCUUGAACAACGUGAGCAAAUUGCUGACACCAUAAAAAUUUUACUUAAAAACUCCGUCAAUUGUCUGGACAGUCCAGACGAAAAACUUCAAGCAAUGGCAAUUGAGUUUGGUCAACGUUUUGUAUGCUUCCGGGUGCAAGGAUUCAAGGCUGACUAUUUUGCUUCUUUGGCAGAUUCCACAAUCACUGAGUGUGUUUUAUUGGAUGCAGCUGUACAUCCAGCGGCUGUCACAUUAAAUGCCUUUUCACAAUUCAUCACGAUGCUAUUCUCAUCAGUACGCGAUGGUUUUUACAUGGAGAUGCGACGACUUCGCCGUGUCAGUAACAGUUUCUCAACAGUUUCAAAUGGGGCUGGUACUUGUAAAAAAUUAAGUGUUGAAGACGCAAUAAAAUCUGCAGCAAAUUCCUCACUUGUAGCAAUGGGGGCUGGGGUAAGGAGAAGCAGCACUACAAAGGAUGGUGAUGGCUCAUACAGCCGUAGAGGUUCAGGAGGAAGUGUAUAUAGCGCGAAUGCAACCAGCUCACGCUCAGUGAGUCCAGCAGAUGAAGGAGCCUCCAAGAAACGUGGUUCUUCUCCCUUUGAUGGAAGCAGUCAAGAAGAGGAUGACCACCUAACUAAUAAAAAUAUUGUCAAUGGGAAUAGACGUAGCCAUAGUCGCAGUCCAAGCAGAAAGAUUUCUGUUGCUACGAACUCUAGCGGGAAAGAACCUUAUAGGACUAAAAAAGAAUCGAAUACAUUAAUCCCUGUCGAGAAUGGUUCAGAGGAGCAACAACCUAGGAUGACUACAGCUGUUGCCCACUAG